CUGCUGGAAACAGCCUUAGUGGCCUAGUGGCAUGUGUCUGAUCUGAAGAAUGGGAGAGUAAGCAAGCAAGUAAAGCUGCCCAGAAAAGGGCUGGAGCUGCUAGCUGGAUUCUUCUUCUCUCGGCUGCUGUGCGCCGUGCGCGGCAGCUUCGGUAGCCGUGGUCAAGCAGGGAGGGGAGGGACCGUCGGCCAUGGCGUCCUGCGCGGCGGCGCGCAUGUUCGCGUACAACGCCACGCUCUGCGCGUGCGACCCCGGGUACUACUACCACCUCGGCGGCGACGGCACGGCGAGCUGCGCCCCGAUGCCCGGCGGCGGGUGGGGGGACUGGAAGGUGGGCGCCGUUGGCGCGCCGCGGAACCAGAGCCUCUACUUCCUGGCGCCGGUGCUCCCCAUCGACGCCAUCCACCGCCUCACCAGUUCCCAGGCCCUGCUCCUCGAGGCGGCGCUCGCGUCGCUGCUCUGCUGGCUCGCCUUCUGCGCCGCCGCCAGGUUCGCCGGCCGGGACCCCCGCGGGGAGACGAGGCUGUUCCGGGCCCGGUACUGGAUCAGCCGCCUCGACUGCCUCUUCGACACCAGCCACUGGGCGGGGGAUCAACAAGUACUAAGAAAAAGGAAAACCGAGCUUGGUGGCACAUGCUCAAUGGCUAGCUUGACCCUCUUCACCGGAUUAUUGACUGUGCUCCUGUAUCAAGCCAUCAAAAGACGCAGCAUUGAGAUGCAUCGAGUCAAGCCUGCCAACACUCCAGACCUGCUGUCUUUCGUGAAUGAUCUUGAGUUCCACAUCACCACCAUCUCCGGCAUGUCCUGCGCUCAAGCAGUUGCACCUUCGACAUUUGCUAUGGGGACAGCGGGGUCCAUGGAUUUCAGGGUGGUUCCGCUGCCAACGUUGUUCACCUACAGCUGCGCAAACACGAGCCAGGGGCCGUCCAUUACGCUCAAGUGCAAUGGCUGCCGGAUGCCUCCGAGAGACCAUUUCAUAUCCUGGCAGUUCGUUGACCUGCCAGGGCAACCAGCUGCGGCCGUCGGCUUCCAGUUCAACCUGACUGCAAGGCAGCACGGCAAUAACAAGCAUGGGAGCUUUGUGAGUGGCACGUUGAACUCUGACGGCUAUGCCGAUGAUGGCAAGCUGAGGACUUUGAGGGGAAAGGACUCCAAUGUUCUGAAGAUUCAGUUGUUCCCUCAGAUGUACAACAAUCUUGGUAACCUGAGGAUCUUGCAACCAUUGGUUCAGGACUUCACCCAAGGGUCUGCAUUUUCAGAUGUUGGCAGCUUGAAUGCGUCCCUGCAGAACCCCAGGGAUGGAGUGGUGAAUACUACGAUCUACAUAAGUUAUCUCUCGGAUUACAUUGUGGAGAUCAACAAUGAGAGUGUAGUAGGCCCAGUUAGUGUAGUUGCGAGUAUUGGCGGCCUUUAUGCCUUCAGUGUGGCAAUUUGUCUCUGCCUCAUGACCCAAUGUGAAGCUAGGAUAAAGAAGCUUCGUAACGAGGAUACCAGAAUGCUGAAAGUUUUGAGCAAACGACGUGCUCGACAGAAUUGGGAUAAGGUGCGGAAGUAUGUCAUGUAUACCUGGGGUCCAAGCAACCUAGAUCCAACUAAUAAAAGUGGCCAGCAGCCUGAAGGUUCAGUGAUGGAUUCUCUACAUAGAUCCUUCCACAAGAGAAGAGAACCAAUUAGACAAGCAACAUCAGGUGUUAGCAGACCUAAUAAAGCUCCUGCUGAUAUGGGCGCGACUGAUAUCGAAGGAGCUGCAGAAAUGCAGUAGCCAAGCAGUUCUUGAUAGCCUUGAUGGAUGGGUGCUUUAGCUGCAAAGUCCUCAUAGGUCAUUUGACUCAUUCCUAGCCCUUCCAUUUCCCACAUAGAUGGAUCUUUCAAAAAAUUGCCCAUUUGCAUAGGCCUGCAUGAAGAUGAGUGACAGUUUUGGUGCAUGUGGUCACUGUGAAGAAUUUUCAAUGUAAUGUUCUAUUAUGAAAAGCGGCAAAAAUUGUACAGAGGCAGUGGUUGGAUGCACCUGAAGCUGCAGAGCUAGACCUCCACCUUGUUCUUGGUAUAACUCAUUCACUACCCGGUUGUUAUGUUCUAGUUAGCACUGUUAACACGCAGUAAUCGAGCAGCAUAUAGAACUAACAAUCUAUUGCAUAGUGAAUUUGUGAUUGAUUGGUUGGCUGGUGCUUGUUCGAAAUGAAUUUGUGUUGGCAUAUGCGCAAAAUAUUGAUUGCCAACUUAUGUUCCUGUCCUGAAACAGAAUCAGCUUUAUAAAUUGAAUUUAUGCCCUUUGUGCAUUCAAUGUA